AUGAAGAAGUCAUCGAAAAUCGAUAGGAGCGGUGAAUACUGGAUGAGUAAUCUACCUCAAGAAAUUGCUGAGAGGCCUCUUGUUUGCAUUGCUAUACCAGGAUCACAUGAUUCGUUCACACAACUACUGUUUGAUAAAUAUCCCGUAGCGAAUGAUGAAAGUCGAUUUGUCCGAGAAAUUGGCCGAUUUCGGAUGGUGCGACGCUUUAUCCGACGGUGGGCCACAACACAGCGAUAUUCGGUGGUUAAACAACUUUAUGUCGGUGUACGUUACUUUGAUAUUAGACUCACAGUACCACUACCUGCUAAAUUAUAUAGAAUACGUGUUUUGCAUGCUCUCUAUGGUAGUUGUAUUGAACAACUUCUUUCAUUUAUAAAUGAUUUCUUGGAUAAUCAUUCAAAAGAAAUUGUCAUUCUUGAUUUCAACCAUUUGUAUAAUUUUAACUGCAUUGAGUAUAUUAAAUUUUUGGAAAUGGUGGAAAGUAUAUUUGGUCGAAAAUUAUGCUUACGAGGAGAGGAUAUAACAAAGAUAAGCCUAGCUAGUAUGUGGCAUUUGGGUUAUCAAGUGAUAGCUAUAUCAGCAGCAGAAACAAAAGCCCAUCGAAGUGUAUCCUGGAUAUGGGAUUCUAACUGUAUUCUUAGUCCAUAUGCUAAUGUGAAUCGAAAUGACAAAUUAUUCAAAUUUCUUGAUCGGACGAUACGAGAACACAGACAAGAUCCUAGGAGUGUGUUCUUUGUAACGCAAGCAAUUUUAACAGUAAAUUGGUUUGAUAUCUUAGUGCAUCCAUUUUCCACUUUUGAAAGAAAAUAUGCUUUGAAAUGUACAGAAGAAGCCAUCUCUUGGAUCACCACUUUCGAUGAACCUUCUUAUUUCAAUAUUAUCAUUUGUGAUUUUAUUGAUCAUCUCGAUUUUUGUAAUAUUGUUUUUUCUCUCAACAGGUCCUCCAGCAAGAAUUUCUCUAGGUAA